AUGCCCGCAUUCCUAAAGCGUCUUAACAGUCGGUUCUCUGGUCGCUCUGAGCGUACCCACUCCUGUUCAACACCAUCGCUACAGCAAUACGUAGGCAGUGCGAAAGCUGGCGACGAUGGCCGUUACUCUACCGACACUAUCUACACCAAACCAAGCAGCAGCCGCACUUCCCUCGUAGCACUCCCUGUAAUCACUGACAACGGACCACCCGGCCGCAACCGCUAUGUAGACGACGACAUCUUCUGGAACAGCGUGAUGCUUGAAGCCGACCAUGAUCCCCCGAAGCGCUCAUCGUUACCCAUGAGUCCAGGGCAAAAGCCGGGCUUUUAUAACAUCAAGACAGUGACCAAUGUAGACGCGAAGGAUCCGCUUCGCGGAUUUCAGGACACAAUGAGAGAAGAAAUCCACAGGGAACACUGUCCCAAGCCACCUAUACGACGACACUCUGCUUGGCCCACAGCUGGGCUUGGAGAAAGUGCUAUUCCUCGCGAUGAGAUCAGGCGGAGUAAGACAAACAACGAUCUCAUCGUCAUAAUGGCACGGCCUCUAGACAGCGAGCCUCCAGCGCAAGUCCCACCAUUUCCUUCCGGGCCGCCUGCUCCCACUGCUGUCGAUGUUUCCUCAGUUGAACAUCUAGAUCACGCUUAUGAUCCACCAUCGCGAAGAGCCCAGUCGCCCCCUCACACAUCCGCCGAACAGUGUGUCGACGAUGAGGAGGCUCGGAAUAACGAAACACUGACAUGGAACUCAGUUCUUGGUGAGAUUUUAGCCAACGGUGCACUGAAUCCAUUCAUGAGAGAGCGAGUCCAUGAGCGCGUUAAAGCCAGCUCCUUUACUAACGGUAUCGGACACGGCAAACGACCCGUGACAGCCCGAGCAGCAGGCCUGGUGCCGAACUUUAGUCGCCCUGUAUACGGAAGCGGAUUCUACUCGAGAACGAGUGUAGAACCUCCAAUGAAGAUAGAUGAGGCACAUGGGCCAAGUCCCGUAGGGGAGGAUUCUAGUGAAGCUGCGCCAGAGAGCAACCUCCCUAACGGCACUCAUUCCUCCGACAACCUUUACCGCUCUCCCACUCCUGCAUCUGACUUCCCAGCCAAUUUUAGCCUACAAGAGCGCAACAACACGCUCAAAGAAGACCCCAAGCCGCAGCACAGCAGCAACCUCGAAGCCAAAAGCACGGCAACGCACGCACUGCAAGAAGACGUGGCGUUCCGGGAGGAGCAAAUCAUCGAGCUGAAGCGCUGCUUCGACUAUGCGAUCAAAGUCCUGCAAGGCUGCUGGGCGCGGGAGUGGGAGCUCUGGCGCACGCUGGCGGAUAUCAGGAGGAGGCAUUUGGCAGCUGUCGGGCUGCUGGGGAGAUUAGUUUCGCGGGGGGUGGGGAGGAGGAUUGGGGAGUUGGCGGAUGAAGAGGGGGCUUUGUAUCGGGGGAUGCCGGAGGGAUAUCCGCGGGGGUAUGAUGCUCGACAGCUGGGGUGUGAAGACUGGGAUGAGGAUGAUGAGGGGAGGGGAUCUGGGCGACGCGGUGUCGGGGAGAAGGAGUUGGAUGCGUUGAUGUUGAUGGCGAAGCAGAAUGUGGAGAUUGUGAAGCUGGAUGUGGGCGAGGUUGUGUAUAUGAUGCGGGAGUUUCGGUGUAUGGUGAGGAAAGCGGGGAAGAAGAUGGAAGAGGAGCGGGAGCGUGAGAAGGGGGAGCCUGGGGAAGGGUCGUUGAGAGAUGCUUGA